GUUAGCCCCUGGUCCUUUAGUUUGUUUUGUUUAUUGGAAAUAUCCUAUGACUUUAGAGUCUAAAGCGCAUUCCGAUGGCAUCCGUUGCUGAGUGCAACUACAGCGUCUUCGACCAGGUGACCCAUCUGGCCACUCUGUUGGCGUCGGAGGAGCAGGCCCCCAAUCGACCCACAGCUGCGUUGGUGGCCAGAAGGCGCUCCAAAAUAUAUGAAGGUCUGCUGCGCAGUGGGCCGAUGUCCUCCGAGGACAAGCUGGAGAUGCUCAGCCAGGUGAGCAGUGAGGUGGCGAAGAACCCCAAACGGAGGGACAGCCUGCACAGCUUCCGCAAUCUUCUGGCAGAACAGGAUUCAGCAGAUUCCCACGAAACGGAGAAGGAUACAGAAAAUCACCCUGAAACUGGGAAAAGUGUGCACAGGGUGCUGGCAGGGCAGCAUACAGACAGUCCCCACGAAAUGGAGGCAAAUGCCGAGAAUCACUGCGAACCUGGGAUCAGGCUGCUAAAACCAGGAGUACUGAAACUACAUGAAACGCCGGACCGUCUACCCAGGGAGCUAGUGUAUCCGAAGACGCUGAAAUCUCUGACUCAGAUGCAGCGCGCCUUAAAGCCUCUCCAGCUGCAGCCCUACUCCGAUAUUUUCCUGACUAACAUGAAGGCCCCUCUCCCGGAGAUGCCACUCCUCAGGAUCAAUCCAUCCCAGUGUAACUACUCCGGCUUAGCAGAGUCCAUGACGCGCAUGAAGGAAUCCAGCGAACAACCAAUGCAACCACCUCCCCGACUGCCAGUCUUGGAAAAGAAGAGCCCUCCUGCCCCGGAGGAACCCCCAUUUGUGGCUCAAGAUGGACCGCAGAAGUACUUUGUUUCGGAGCAAAUGAUGACGAACGAAUUAAGGCUCUAUCAAAACAAGGAACUGGUUCUCUUUUAUAUUGGCGAAGCUGCCCUCAUAGAUCACCUAAAGAAAGCAGCCGCAGGUCUUCAGUCGGAGACGUUCCUGAGUUCGUCGGACGAUCAGCUGGUGUUGGUACUCAGGCCCAACACCACAUUGCGCACUGUGCUGCCCGAGAUAUUGGAAGAUUUUUCAGAUCCCUUCCUGCGCGCCGGAAGCGCCUUUCGGCGUUUGAGUGCCCGUGCCAAGUGGAAUCGGAAUACCAUGGCGCGUCUGGAAAGACCGCUUAAUCGGGCCAUGCGAGAGAUCCUUGUGGAUUUUUUAGCCAACAACCGGGAGUUUCUGCUUUCCCAAUCCGCGAAUAAUCUCUCCCAGCUUUUAAUCAACUGCCGCCCUGCCUUGCAGCUGCUCCAUCAGCUGGAGAAAAUGUUCCAGAAUGAGCCAAAAUUAAACUUGGACUCUGGGGUAUCUGGCCCCUUCCUUCUGAGCUGCAUUUCGCUGGCCAUCGACACCUGCGGCAAUAGUGACUUCCUGCAGCUUCUUAUAUAUUUGCUACGGUGCAUAUCCCAAACUUACUUCGUUCAGCUCCAAAGAUGGAUUUAUCAGGGAGAGCUAGACGAGGCUGUCAACGAGAUUUUCAUCAGCCGCACCCCGAACACUUCGCCUCCCCUAAUGAACGAGUGCAGCAAAGAGUUCUUCGAUAGAGGCUAUCAGGUGGUCAACGAGGCGAUUCCGGAAUUUUUGUCUGGAUGUGAGCUGGACGUUCUCCAGUGCGGGAAGUACAAUCAGGUGCUUAAGGCUUAUGAUGCUCAGCAUGCCGUCUUUGAUGUAAAGUAUCCUGAUAUAGUGGUCUGUCUAACGGAGCAACAGCUUAAAGAGAUGCGUCGAAACUUGGUCGACGAGUAUGCCGUCAUCUACCAACGCUUUGGGUGGUGCAGCAUGCAGAGCAUCUUCGAGGAGCGCAUGGCCGCCAAACGUAGCUUCGCAAAUCUCAUGAUGAAGCGCACGCAGGCACAUCUGAUCGCUUGGGAGGCCGAACAGCGCGAGCUCCUGUUAAAGGCGAAUGCCCAGAAGAAGAUUAUAUAUGAUCAAAUCAGCGCGGAACAGGAACUUCACCAGCAAAGCCGCCUGGAGAAGAGGCGCCAGGAGAUUAUCAAUGAGUUGGCUUUUCUGCGGGAGAGCGAAAGAGUGGAGGACAAACGCCUGGAGCGAGAAAAGCACGAGUUGCAAAAGCAAGUGUCGCAGCUAGCUGCCGAACUGAUUGAGAAAGAACAGAUUGAGUCAAAGGCAGUGACCAGUCCAGACCAGAGCACAAACAGCGAUCUUAGUUUUGCAUCGUGUAUCGAAGGACCAGAUUCUCGACCAGACUCGGCCUCAGACCAAGAUGAUGAGAAAACACAGAAGGCAGCAAAUGAGUUGGAAAAGCCUUCUGCUGUAGAAUCGGACCGUUCUAAAGAAGUAGAAUCGCAAAAACCUUCAGAGUUGGUACUAGAAAAUUGCGCAGUCAUAGAAUCAGAGCAACCGGUUGAAUCUCAACUUUUGUUUCCCAAUGUGGUUCAGUUUCAGCGGAGCCACUCGGAUGAGAUUAAUUGCAACCAGCAGGUACCUUCUCAAACAGAGUACGAUCGCAAUCGACAGCAUGUUCUUUCCUCGGAUCAAUUUCAGGAGUGUCAUACAAGGAUUCAUAUUUCAAAGUCGGACUCAGCCGAAACCAACACGAGUUCGGGAUUACAUGCUCAGCUUCCCCCCGACGUCAAUGCCAAUCUAAAUCGCCCGGAAACAGAGGAGCUAAGCGAACUGCAGCGGAAUCGGCUGCGGAAUGAGCACCACGAUGUAUUUUCCAAUUUCAACUGCACCGAAGAUGAGCACAUCCAGCGGUUGCGUUGUCGAAUGGAUGCAAAUACGGAACUUGCUCGGAAUCGGCGAAGGGUGUUGGGCUGCGAGUUCGGUAUAACCUUAGGCGAUAAAGAUUUAGAAGAAAAUGCUUUGCCUUGCAGCCAAAUGGAGGCCAAUACGGAACGUGCCAUGAAUCGACGUCGUGUGAUGGAAAGCGAGUUUGGUAUUACCCUACGUGAAGAAAAGGCCUUACCUCUCCUGCCUCUAGAACUUAACAAGCUGCACGUGGAAGUACCUUUGGCGGUGCUUACGCCCAUGUCCACCACUUCCGAUGUGGAUAUUUUUGGGUUGUCACCCAAAGAAAUAGUUGACAACGAUGCCGCUAAUAACAACAAUUUAAGUCAGAGCAGUGAAGGGUCUUUUUUGGAGCCAGCAGAGCCUGAACCCGUACUUGUUAAGCCAACUAAGACAUUUUCGGAAUUCUUUAAACCAAAUUUCCAUCUACCCACAUACUUUGGGAUGGAAAGGAAUGUGGAGACGGAAAAGGAUACCCAAAAAGCGGUUAUCACUGUGCCGGAGGCCUACAAUCCAUUUAUGACCCGUCGUUGCCUGCAGCUUUCUGUGAUGGCUCCCGUAAACGCGCACUAUGCCCUGCUUAGAAAUGAAGUGCUCAGGAUCUUUCAGGAGUUGCGUAUUUACGAGCAUUUCCGUAAGCUCAGAAACUACUUUUUUUUAUUGGACGGCCAGUUUGGAACUUUACUAACAAGUGAUAUCCUGGGAAGAAUAAAAGCGGGCAUCGAUCCACGAAGCCUGUGCCAAAAGGGCAUCCUCGACACUAUGUUAACCCAUGCCUUGGCUGGCUGCUCGGCGGAUGAAACCACGGUAUCUCAGAAUCUCACCCUACAAUGCACCAAUAUACCGGACACGCUGAACUUCAUGUCCGUGGAAGCCACUUCCAUGCUUACACUUCACUGCCAGGUGGAUUGGCCAUUAAAUCUAGUGAUUAGUUCCGAAACGGUGGCUAAAUAUGGACAGAUCUUCGGCUAUCUUCUGAAGCUUCGCCAUGUUAGUUUCGUUUUAGAGGGAUCCUAUGAAUAUUUGCAACAACUGGGCAAGCUGCUUGGGCCCGAACUCCGCACAUGUGCACAUUUUCGACACUUGCAAAUGGUGCGCCACAAGUUUUCGCACUUUAUGACCUCGUUCCAGACGCAUCUGGUGGCCAAAGCGCUGCAGGCCACUUGGAAGAGCUUUAAAGAGGAGCUGUGCACUGUCGAUUCCAUCGAGGGACUGUACAAGCAGCAUGCGGCCUAUUUGAAACGGGUUGCUUUCUUAGCGCUCCUAAAUCGACGGAGUGCAAAGGUUAAGGAAACCAUUGACAAUAUUCUAGUUAUUACACUACGCUUUUGCAAAGUCAUUCAGUCGCAGUCGUUUAUGAUGGAUCAAGAGAAUAAGUUUGUGCAUCCCCGCUUUAAACGCCUUCUGCAGGAGGAGGCAGAGUUCGAGAAGUUUAUGCAGUAUCUUAUAUAUUUGGGCAAGAAGGCAGCCACCUCUGGUUACCAGGAGGAAAUCGGUGACCUGAUCUGUAUUAUUAAUUUUAAUAACUAUUACAAGGUAGCUGAGGACAAUUCUAGCACAUAAAUUCGAAACGCCUUGAAACGAAACUAUAAAAGAUAUCGUAAAAAUAAUUUAUUUCCCCAAAAAUCUCCGCCUAAUAAGAUUUUAUAUAUUAUUAAAAAAAAAUAAAUAAGUAUUAAAAUAUAAAAAAGCAUUUUAUGCUACUAUUUUAAUAUGUGUUUAAAGAAAACUGAAAAAAAUGUAUAGAUUGUU